AUGAACAAUUCUGUUGUAGAGCAGCCCAACCUCGCCGAGCCGGCGGGCACUGAAGCUGCAGGUACCCACGAUGCGGUCGCGCCACCCCACGAUGCUGCACCAACCCGCGAUGCCACGCCGACCCACGAUGCUACACCGAAUGAUGCUGUCACGUUGGCUCAGGAUACUGUGGCGACCAGCAACACUGCGUCGACUGGUGACGCGGCACCUAUCCAUGACGUUUCAGCACCCGACGAGAUGCUCCAGCGCCACCCCGCCGAUCCGCUCUUCUAUGUCGAGACUCUCCACAAAGGCUGGGUGCAGGGUCAUGUCCUGUCAUUCAUGGAGGGGCAUAUUGAGGGGUAUUGCACUGCACGCUCGCAAUCAAACUCGCGCGUCCAUGACUGUGUUGACACCGUCACCAAUGAAUUCUUCAAUUUUGUACCUUGGUGUAACAAGAUGUCCGACCCCGUUCCUGACAACUUCAAUCCUCAUGCCGUUGAGGACCUAUCCAAGGUCGAAGAAGAUCAAAAAGCUCAUAAGAUCGAAGCCGUCAAAACCUCUAUCACAGCCUGGCUUGAUUGCCGCAUCAACAGCACCAAGCUAGUGGGUUGGCCGGGCAGCAAAGAGAAUGAUGUCUGGACACGUCUUCUUAAGCAGCUAUCCGGUGUUCCAAGUGUGAAGCCCAAAAAACUCUCCGCCAUGCAGUUCUGGUUGAAGCUGCAUUAUGCUUCGAUUGUCAAGGCGGACUGCGAUGCUCGCUGGGACGCAGAGAAAGGACGGCUUGCGGAGCAGCUCUCUUGCGAGGCAAAGGCAAAAGAGGACCACAAACACAAGGUUGCUAAGUGGAAAGCAAGUCUCAACGCCCCCAUCGACACGUCCCCCGAGGGUAGACAGAGUGUGAUUGAUACUCUGCAGACUUUCAUAUCACCCAUCCUUGAUGAGGUACAUGAAGCUACGGGACUUCAUCUCGCCCUGUUCUUAGCAGGACCCAAGCCUCGCAAAGGUGGUUGCCUGAACUGCAUUGUAAUGCAUAGGGGCGAGACUGUUUCCGCGUCUCCGCAGCACCGGGCAGCCGCUCAGCCUCAGACGCACAAGGCUGCAAUGAAGGUGUUCUUGGAUUUUGUGGGUACUUGUUUCACCAAAGAGAUGAAGGCGCAGUCUGCGCUAAAAAAAGCCGAUGAAUCUGCUCCAGAGGGAUCUUCGUCUGAUUUGCUUGGCACGGGCAAACCUGGCAACCAGAUCCCCAACCAUGAGGCGUCUGGGUCUUCCACAGUCCCCCAUUCGGUUGCACUUUCACCAUCUUGCGCAGCGCCACUUCCCCGGCCCAGCCAUACCCCUUCCCAGAAUGCAACUCCCGGUGUCAGUUGUGACAACAGGUACUACUAG